AUGAGCGCAGAAGCUAUACACACUAUUAUUCGGUGGCGCGACAUCAAAUUGGAGCAGUACGAGAACCUCGUCAAGAACGUGGGCAACCCCGAACUUAACAUCACCGGUGGUUCCACGGGUUUGGACUUGGUGUUGUUCUACAUCCAAUACUACUCCUACAAUGUCGAAUCUCUACUCGUCUUCUUCUGGGCCGUCGAGCUGGCGAACAGCAUCUUCCAACUACGCAUCACCAAGAUAUACCGCUUCCACGCAAGUCUCGUCGCCAAAGCCACCGCCGCCUUCUUGCCCGUCGUGCAAAUGAUCCUACUCCGCUUCAGUGGUGUUGACAAGAGCACCGUGGGGUUCAUGGCGCUGGCCGAUGCCAUCAUGAUCGGCUGUUUCGCCGCAGGCAGUAUCAUGCUCCUCGCCAUCCUCAUCCGCUACGUCCACUCGCGCAUCACCCUCGCGUCCUGGAACGUCCGCUACAUCCACGGCACCUCCUCCAAGUCAGGCGGCACCAACGCCACGCCCUCGGGCAGGGGACGGGCGCCGAAAAAGACCAUCUACGACAAAUGGCUCGUCCUGCGCUUCACCGUCGCCUUCGCCGCGCUCAGCCUCUUCCAAAUCGUCGUAAUCAACUUCCAGCUCCGCGCCGCCGCCACCAACACGCGCGCCAACCUGCCCCCGCACCCGGACCUCAGCGCGGCGCGCGCCCGCGGCGACAUCGCGCUGUUCGCGCCUCCGCCCCGACCGCCGUGCUGUUCGCCUUCCUCGUCUUUGGCACCACCCGCACCUUUCGCGAAUACACCUGGGCCCUGCUGGCGCCGCGCGCCGUGA